AGAACGUCAAAUGUUAACCAAAUAUAAUUAUACGUCAUCAAAAUCCGCUCCGAUAACUACAGUGACGUCAUAAAAAGGCGUUAAAACCUUGUGAAGAGGCAGCUUCGUUUAGAGAUUUGACAGCUUUGAAAAAAAUACAGAAUAAUUUUAAGUGACGAAGACAAUUCUGGAGUGAGCAUUAUGGCUAACCAUGGAAGGCAGUUUGUUUUAUUAUUAUGGAAGAAUUGGCUUCUACAGAAGAGGAAAGCGUGUGUAACUGUGUUUGAAAUCAUUCUACCAAUCGUGUUUGCAGUUAUUCUGGUCUGUAUUAGACUUAUUGCUAAGAAUGAGACUAUAACAGAUCCAACAAUAUGGCCGCCAUUUCAACCUAAUGAUGUGUUUCUAACAGGAGUGAAAAAUGUAAUUCUGUACUCACCUAAUACCACUGAAAUCAGAAGCAUAAUGACCGAUUUCCGCAAUCAUUUACCAAAUGCGAGUAGUUUAGAUAACAGGACACAGCAUCAUUGGCAUGUGUUCGGAUUUGACAGUGAAGAGUCGCUCCUGGAAUUCCACGAAAAGAAUCAUAACAAAGUCCGCGCAGGAAUUUCUUUUAUGGAUGCAGUUUCCGGUUUAGCACGCAAUGUCGAAUACACUUUGCGCGUGGCCCGGAAAAAGGUGUCUGACAGAUGGCUCACCAAGAAUGUGUACCCUUUCUUUCAACUCACUGGCCCAAGAAAUAAUGUAUCAACGGGAGGCGAUCCAGAUUACCAAGGGACUGGUUUCUUGGCUUUUCAAUAUGCUGUAGACAUGGCUAUCGUCAAGCAUUUCAAUACAACAUCUACUUUAGACAACUAUGACUUCUUUAUGAAGAAGAUGCCGUACCCGCCCUACACUAAGGACAACCUGACCACCGUUAUACAGAUGUACCUGCCCUUCUUCCUCAUUCUUGGCUUCAUUCUCUCUUCUCUUCAAACAACCAAAGCAAUUGUAUAUGAAAAGGAAAAGAAACUGAAAGAGUCUAUGAAGUUGAUGGGUCUGAACUCCUCCAUUUACUGGGCGUCCUGGCUGUUUAAAAGUUCCAUUUACCUCAUCAUUGCCUCUGCGUUCUACAGCAUUUUAUUCUCUAUAGAGGUUUCUGACAAGGGCAAAGUGCUCGCCAAAACCGACCCCUCGCUGUUCUUUGUGUUCCUUCUCUGUUAUUCUGUGUCCAUCAUCUGCUUCUGUUUCAUGGUCAGCACAUUUUUUAACAAAGCGAAUUCGGCCGCCUUCGCCAGUGGAAUUGGUUAUUUCUGUACUUAUGUUCCAUAUUUCUUCCUCCAAAGUCGAUACGAAACGAUGUCAAAAUCAGAAAAACUCGGAAUUUGUAUUCUUAAUAAUAUGGGAAUGGCUUUUGGAAUAAACACUAUUGGGAUAUAUGAAGGAACAGGAUAUGGUGCUCAGUGGAAUAAUUUCGCUGAGCCAGCAACAGUCGAUGACAAUUUUUCAUUGCUUGACUCCAUGCUUAUGUUGUUGGGGUCUAGUGCUAUUUACCUCAUCAUCACGUGGUAUGUAGAUGGCGUAUUUCCGGGAGAAUAUGGUGUUCCGUUGCCAUGGUAUUUUCCUCUUUCGAAAAAUUAUUGGUGUGGCACAAUACAAAGAUCCUCAACAUCGAGUGACACGGGAAAACUGGAUCCAAAGUACUUCGAGAGAGACCCUAACGGUUUGUCUGUCGGAAUCAGUGUCAACCACCUGAGAAAGGAGUUUGGAAGCGGGAAGAAGAAGAAGGUAGCGGUAGCAGACACAACUCUCAAUAUUUUCAAAGGUCAAAUCACAGCACUUCUAGGUCAUAAUGGCGCUGGAAAAACAACAACAAUGUCUAUGCUGACAGGAUUCCUUCCUCCUACUUCCGGUACGGCGACAGUGAACGGGUACGAUAUUUGUGAGGACAUUCAGAGUGUGAGGAGGAGCCUAGGACUUUGUCCUCAGCAUAACAUUCUCUUUGAUACACUCACUGUUGAGGAACAUCUGAAAUUCUUUGCACAGUUAAAAGGUUGUCCGAAGGAAAAUGUGAACAAAGAGGUGGACGACAUGAUAAAAGUGCUGGGAUUAGAAGCCAAGAGGAAGAAUUUCUCCAUGACUCUAUCUGGGGGACAGAAAAGAAAAUUGUCCGUUGGAAUAGCAAUUAUUGGAGGUUCAGAGGUCAUUAUCCUGGACGAACCUACUUCCGGUAUGGAUCCGGCGGCUCGACGUCAAACGUGGGAAAUUUUGCAGAAAUUCAGAGAAGGGAAAACUAUGAUUCUUUCCACUCAUUUUAUGGACGAGGCAGAUCUCCUUGGUGAUCGUAUAGCAAUCAUGGCGGAAGGAGUAGUCAAAUGUUGUGGAACGUCUUUGUUUCUGAAAAAGUUGUAUGGAGCCGGAUAUCAUCUUGUAAUGGUAAAGGACAAAGGAUGUGACGUCACAACUGUGACAAACGUUAUCAAGCAACACAUCCCAGCAGCUGAACUGGAAAGCGAAAUCAGUGCCGAGUUGUCUUAUCUUCUUCCAUUUGACCAAUCUUCAAAAUUUGAACAACUGUUUAAUGAAAUAGAGAAAAGAAAAUCAGAACUGAAGUUAACGAGUUUUGGAACGUCUGCCACAACAAUGGAGGAGGUCUUUCUCAAAGUUGGAGAAAGCAGCCAGAGGUCUGAGGAAGAGAUGUACACUCCUUCUAAGGCUUCAAUGGCCUAUGAGAACGGCGGGUACGGAAGUACUAACGACAUCCCCAAUGGGGUCGCUAACGGCUCGGUAGACAAAACAAAGAAUGGAUUGGUUCAAAAUUUGAAAGUUGCAAAUGAAGAAACUUACAUAGGAUUCAAUACUGGUCUGAAGAAAAACAGCGGAUCGGUUCUAGCUUUGCAGCAAUUUUACAGCAUGUUCGUGAAGAAAGUUAUCCAUACCUGGAGGAACAGGACCGUCACUUUGGUCCAGCUUCUGGUUCCGGUGGUGUUUACCCUGCUAGCUCUCACCGUGGAGAAGACCCUCCCCAAACAAGAGGACGAGUCCUCCUUAUUAUUGAAUCUGAAACCCUUCCCAGACAAUGUAGCAAUAUAUACCUCCAAAUCUGCUUCAGCCCAGAGUAAGUCUAUGGCGGAUGAUUAUGCAGAAUCUAUCAUGUCUGAAGGAUACAAAGUUUUGAAAUAUGACCAGAAUGAUUUCGAUAAUUUUAUCAUUGAUGAAUCCCAGCGAGUCGGUCAAGCAUUUUUUAAACGAAAUUACAUUAUCGGGAGUGUGUUUGACAUAGAGAGUGCGCUCGCAGGUAACAUCACAUCUUAUUUCAAUGGAGAUCCAUUGCAUUCAAGUGCAAUAAGUCUGCAAUAUACGAUGGAUUCUUUGCUCAAACAUUUCACCAGUAAAAAUCAUUCCAUUCAGACCACAAAUUUUCCUUUCCCUAGACCAUUGGAUGAAACAAGUCAAGGCAUUGGAUACGCUACGAGAGGGACUGGUUUCACCAUCGCCUUUUGUAUGCUCUUUGGUUUAGCUUUCCUCUCCACCAGUUUCAUUAUUUUUCUGAUAAAGGAGAAGAUAACCGGAGCCAAGCACCUUCAGAAGGUGAGCGGCGUGAGUUCCUCCGCCUAUUGGAUGUCAAAUCUUGUGUGGGAUUUACUGAACUAUCAGAUUCCUAUCCUCCUCAUCAUGGUGUGCUUUGCUGCUUUCCAAACACAGGCUUACACGGGAGAUAACCGCCUGGGGCUAGUUUACGCCAUGUUCUUCCUGUAUGGCUGGGCAUGCAUGCCAUUUGUAUAUAUAUUUUACUAUCUGUUUAAAACGCCAGCUUCUGGAAUGGUGGCAGGAAGUUUAUUAAAUAUUCUUACAGGACUUGCUACAAUAAUGGCAGUUUUCACUCUCCGGCUCCCAGCCCUGGGCAUUUCAGAAGACAUAGGCGACAUUUUUGAUUGGUUGUUUACAAUAUUCCUCCCAAACUACUGCUUAGGUCAAACACUGAUGAAUAUAUAUGUUAAUUACGAAUACAUAGACACAUGCACGAAGUUGAACUACGAGUUUGUCUGCUCUCUUCCUAAAGAUCUAGUUCCAAUAAAAUCCUGCUGCAGAGAUAUAUGCACAGAAAACUGUUUAAUCUUUGACAAGAAUUACCUAGCUUGGGAGACUCCAGGUGUGGGGAAAUACUUCGUUUUCAUGGCAGCACAAGGACUUUUCUACAUGAUCCUAGUGUUCUUAGUGGAGUUUGGUGUUAUUAGUCGCAUCCGUUAUAUGAUUUGUAAUCGUGACCCAAUUGCCGUUUCGUCAGAGGUUGGUAAUAGUGAUGCCAUCCCAGACGACGACGAUGUAGAAGAAGAAAAGCGCCGCAUUAACAAAACCUCUAUCGAUAGCCUUUUGAAGACGGAAUCCCUGCUUCUACGGAAUCUCAGCAAGUCUUAUGGUUCGUAUACAGCUGUCAAGGGCGUGUGUGUAGGCGUACCACAACAAGAGUGCUUCGGACUGUUGGGACAAAACGGGGCGGGGAAAACUUCAACAUUCAAGAUGUUGACUGGAGACGAAAUUGUGACAGGUGGAAACGCCUACUUAAAUGGUUAUGACGUCAAAACAGAACUUGAAAUGGUCCAGCAAAACCUUGGGUACUGUCCCCAGUUUGACGCGUUGAUCGAUCAGAUGACGGGAAGAGAGACGUUGACAAUGUAUGCCAGAUUGAGGGGAAUUGAGGAAUCCCAGAUCAAAGGCGUGGUCAACGACUUAUUAGAGACAAUGAUGCUUAGAAAAUACGCAGACAGGCAAUGUGGGACGUACAGUGGUGGAAACAAACGGAAGUUGAGCACAGCUAUCGCCCUGAUUGGGGAUCCUCCGUUCAUUCUCCUGGACGAACCGACAACUGGGAUGGAUCCUGCUGCCAGAAGACAACUCUGGAAUGUUCUCUCCCAGGUCCGCGCUAGUGGGCGGACCCUUAUCCUCACUUCUCACAGCAUGGAAGAAUGUGAUGCAUUAUGUACAAAGAUAGUGAUCAUGGUCAAUGGAAGGUUUGUUUGCCUUGGUAGUCCACAACAUCUUAAGAACAAAUUCGGACAUGGAUACACACUCAUUGCAAGGCUCGCCCAACAGAAAGAUGGCACAACAGCUCCAUCAGAACCCCUUAAAAACUUCGUAAAAACUACAUUUCCGGACAGCACAAUCUUUGAUGAUCAUCAGGGUUAUGUGCAUUUUCAAAUUCCGGACAACAAUAUAGCUUUGGGUCGGGUUUUUGGGGAGAUGGAGCGGGCUAAAUCUCAGUUUAACAUAGAGGACUACUCUGUUCAUCAGACGACGUUAGAACAAGUUUUCCUCAGCUUCACUAGACACCAGGAAGCAGCUGCCGUUCAGGAGGAGAAGAAGUGCUGCUCUUGUUUAUGUUGUGUUUAAAAACAUCUACAGCUGUGUUUUGUUUUUAAUAAUGAUGUAAUGUUAAUGACAAUCAAUAUACCCGCAUACGGCUGUUAAAAAAUUGCGGUAAGAAAAACAUCAUUUCAUUGGCUCUCAUAAAAAUCAAAUGUGACUCUUAGGCCUGGAGCUGAAAAUUUAGUUUGUUUAUUGAAUAAUUGUUUUUAUUGAAAAUGUUCAAUAUAUAGAUGAGAUUUUUAUACUGUCCAUACAUAUAUUGCUACAGUAUAUUUUAUACUUACGAUGAUUCUGAU